GGGUCCCUUCCAGGCGCCUCCUCGCACUCCCUGAAGUAUUUCUCCUCCUCCAUCUUGGAGCCCAGUCAGGGGCUGCCCCACUUUGUCGCUGUGGGAUACGUGGACGGUCAGGUCUUUGUUCACUAUGAUAGCAAGAGCCGGAGGGUGCAGCCUCGAGUCUCCUGGAUGGAGAAGGUGGAGAAGGAGGACCCCCAAUACAGGGAGAGAAACACCCAGAAUUUUUUUGUUGCUGAGGAUUCGUUCAGAAGAAACCUGGAGAAUCUGAGGCUUCGCUACAAUCAGAGCGAAGGCUUUCACACAUUGCAGACGAUGUAUGGCUGUGAGCUCCAGGCUAAUAGGAGCAAAGGAGGAUUUCUGCUCCAGGCUGAUGGGAGAAAAGAAGGAUUUUGGCAGCAUGGCUAUGAUGGGAGGACCUUCCUCACCUUCGACAAGGAGAGACUCACCUGGGUAGCUCCCCAACCCCAGGCCCAGAUCACCCAGAGGAAAUGGGAUGCUAUUCCAGGACAUAAUCAGAGAAAGAAGUUCUACCUGGAGGAAAUCUGCAUUGAGUGGCUGGAGAAGCACCUGUCCUAUGGGAAGGAGACGCUGCUGAGGACAGAGCCCCCAGAGGUGACCAUGAGCAGCAAGACGGAGGUGGAGGAUGGGAUGGAGACACACGUCUGCCGCCUGCAUGGCUUCUACCCCAGGGAGAUCGAUGCCUCCUGGACGAGGGACGGGGAGGUCUGGCUGCAGGAUACCUUCCGUGUGUCUGUGGCCCCCAACGCGGAUGGGACCUUCCACGCCUGGCUCAGCAUCCGGAUCGAUCCCAAAGAGAGGGGCCGCUAUUGGUGCCACGUGGAGCACGACAGCCUGCAGGAGCCUCUGGACGUGGCCCUGGAGGAACUAAAUCUGGGGCUUAUCAUCGGCUGUGUUGUGGCUGGCCUUGUCUUG